AUGUUUAAUCCCGAAUCAGAAAAGAAUACCAAAGCAACAGUCUGGGUACGUUUACCUUAUCUUCACUUUGAAUAUUUGGAAGAGGAAACUUUAUUUCGAAUAGCUCGUGGCCUUGGCAAGCCUGUAUAUGUUGAUCAUAGAACUCUAAGAGUUGAAUAUGGCUAUUUUGCGGCUGUACUAGUUGAUAUUGAUUUUUCAAAGCCUUUGCCAAAUCUGGUUAUUGAUGAUGAAGAUUGUCCGGAGGGUUUUCGACUUGAUUAUGAUUUCAUGAAUAGACCAGAAUUUUGUGAUCACUGUAAAUCUGUUGGACACACUUUCUCUCAAUGCAGAUCGGCAAAAUAUAAAGAUUUGGAGAAAUUACAUGAUGCCGAGGAGGAUCCAUUAAAACGUGCAACCAUCAAAGCUGAGAUGGAUGAGCUGAAGGAUUAUUGGAAGAAAGAAAAAUUCAAAAAACCAAAGAAAACUCCUCCACCUCCACCGGAAAAUAACGGGAAGAUCAGCAUAUCUCAUGCCUUGCCUGAAACCACUAGCUCUAAUCUAGCAGCUGGAUCAAUGCCUUUGUGUGAAACAGACGAUAAUGCUGCCACAAUUACUUUGGACCUAGAAAGGGAAGAGGAAGAGUUGUACAAAUUUUAUGAUGAACAAAAGAAGAUAGUUGAUGACAUGGCUAAGGCUGCAGACCUUGCAAAAAUUGAGCAAGAUGCACUCUUAGCUAAACUGCAGAAUACAAGAUAG